UGCUGUAUUAUAAGUAUAUAGCUUGUAAACGAAUUAAUUACAAUUAUGCGGAAAAUAAACGUGGCUGGUGAAAGUGAUGUUAGCUUUGUAUUCUGAUUCAAAAUUAAUAACGCGUUUUUCUCACAGCAACAAUGGUGUUUAUAACCAGGAGUGAGAGUAAACGUCGGUGCAGUCAGAGGAAAUCAAGAUCACCAGAAUUUACCAAAUUAACCACUAAGAAGAUAAAUGUAAAAUCUGAAGAUCAAGAAGUUGUGUCAAAGACAAAAUCACACAAAGAUCCUGGUAAAAUUUCAGAAUCUGUUUCAGCAGAACUAGUUACUCCAAGAACCCUUCGUAAAAAAGCAUGUUUAAUGAUGAAAGAGACAUUUAAUAUGAUAAAAACUGUUGAAAAUAAUAACACCAAUAAAUCUGAACAUACAUGUGAAGCGACUCCCUCAGAAGUGAAAUGUAGAGAAUUUGACAAGGAUACAUUAAUUCAAAAGACAAGAGCCUCUAAUUUGGCUAAUAUAGAUAGUCUUCAAACUAAAGAAACACUAUCAAAGAAGUUUACCCCAAGACGAUUAACACGUCAGUCAGCUAGAUUUGCUUCAGUAAGCACUUCCACAGUUUUUAAAAGUCCACUAAAGGUUCAUAUGCAAGAACCCAUGGCUUUAAUUGAUGAUGUGAAAAAUGUUGAUGCAGUUCUAAAUUCUGAAGCUGCACAAACAGAGAAUGAUGUAUCAACUGAAGUGAAAUCUAAGCGAGAAACAAAUAUCCUUUGUCCAGAGGAAAAAUUUCAAGAUUCAGACAUUACUAAAGUUGAUAAUCUUCAAAGUGAUCAAACCACACCUGAAGAGAAAGAUAUCAAAAACCAGUCAACUCGAAAAUCAGCUAUAAAAGCUUCAGAAAAUAUAAGUAGCUUCCUAAGAAGUCCAGGGAAAAUGGGUACUAAACGGCAAUGUCUAAACAGUACUCAAGUAGUACAAAGUGAUAGUAAUGAGGCUGUACUAGAAAAUAAAAGUCAGGUUGUUGAAAUGGAACUAAAACAAGAUACAGAGACUAUCCCUUCAGUUCAAAAAGUUCAAGAUUCUGGUGAAACUGAUAUUAAUAAACUCCAAAUUGAAGAUGCUUCAUCAAAAGAGUUUGGCACUCCAAGACGGUUAACUCGAAAAUCAGUUAUUAAUGCUUCAGAAAAUAUUAUCAUCACUGCUAGUGUCCCUGUAAUAAGCCCAAGAAAGACAAGAGCUACAAUGAAGAGCUCAGUAAAGGCUCGUAUUUCUGUGUCCUCAGAUAAGGCUGGUGCUGCUUUGAAGAGUCCAGAGAAGGCUAGCAUUCCCUUAAAGAGCCCAAGGAAGGCUAGUACUGACUUGAAGAGCCCGGGGAAAGCUAGUGCUCUAGUUAAAAACUCAGGAAAGAGUAGUGCUCUCUUGAGCCUAGAAGCUUGCAAUCCUGUAGAGAGUCCACAAGAGGCUAAUAUACCUGUGGAGAGCCUGGAAGUGACCACUGCUCUUGUUGGGAGUCUGGAAGCGACCACUGUUCUUGCUGGGAGUUCGGAAGCAACUGGUGCUCCUGUGGAGAGUCUGGAAGCGACCGGUGCUCCUGUGCAGAGUCUGGAAGCGACCGGUGCUCCUGUGCAGAGUCUGGAAGCGACCGGUGCUCCUGUGCAGAGUCUGGAAGCGACCGGUGCUCCUGUGCAGAGUCUGGAAGCGACCGGUGCUCCUGUGCAGAGUCUGGAAGCGACCGGUGCUCCUGUGCAGAGUCUGGAAGCGACCGGUGCUCCUGUGCAGAGUCUGGAAGCGACCGGUGCUCCUGUGCAGAGUCUGGAAGCGACCGGUGCUCCUGUGCAGAGUCUGGAAGCGACCGGUGCUCCUGUGCAGAGUCUGGAAGCGACCGGUGCUCCUGUGCAGAGUCUGGAAGCGACCGGUGCUCCUGUGCAGAGUCUGGAAGCGACCGGUGCUCCUGUGCAGAGUCUGGAAGCGACCGGUGCUCCUGUGCAGAGUCUGGAAGCGACCGGUGCUCCUGUGCAGAGUCUGGAAGCGGCCGGUGCUCCUGUGCAGAGUCUGGAAGCGGCCGGUGCUCCUGUGGAGAGUCUGGAAGCGGCCGGUGCUCCUGUGGAGAGUCUGGAAGCGGCCGGUGCUCCUGUGGAGAGUCUGGAAGCGGCCGGUGCUCCUGUGGAGAGUCUGGAAGCUACCGGUGAUCCUGUAGAGAGUCUGGAAACCACCUGUGAUCCUGUGGAGAGUCUGGAAACGACCAGUGCUUUUGUAGAGAACUCAGCAAGGGCUAAUACAAAAUUGUCUAAAGUGAUUGAAUCUUUGAGUAAUAAAAAAUGUGUUUUAGUUUUAGAUUCUGAAGAAAUAAGAAAUUCAAGUCUUGGGAAAUCAACAGAAAAUUCUAAUCAGUUUGUUAUGUCACAGUCAGCAGGAGAGGACAACACAUCUGCUAAAUCAAUCAGUAAAACAGAUAUUAGUAAACUGGAGAAUAGAGAAGAUACUGGAAAUAAAAUGGACCAAGAAACUGCUCUUGAAACUAUAAAAUUGAAUUUGAAGCCUUUACAAACAGUGAGUUUUGGGAAUGCGGAAGAAUCUAAAGGUGUUUCACCAAAGAAUGGCCUUCAAGUAAAAGUACUAAAAACCAAGAAAAGAAGAAAGUCAUUUACACCAGAAGUAGUGAAAAAUGAUAAGACAGAAUAUCCUGCUCAAGACAUGAACAAACCAUCAAAAACAAAGAAAGAAGGAAAAGAAGAUUCAAAAGAAAACAAAAGUUUGAAGAGGAAAUUGAUUGCUCAAGAUGCUGAUGAAAAUGUCUCUAUAGAAACAUCCAGUAAGACUAAAAAGAAAAGAACAUCUAAAGGUAUUUUGUUUAUUGAGAGUCUUCCAGAGUCUGUUGAAGCCAGUAGCAUAAAAACUUUGUUCAGUGAAAAUAAAAUAAAAUUAAAGAAACAUAAGACACUAAAGCCUGGAGCUGCCAUUGUACAACUUAAAGACUGGUCUGAAAUUGGAAAGGCAGUGUCUUUGUUAUCAGAAAACUAUUUAGGUAAAGCAAUAUGUAUAAACUCUUUAAAAGAUGACCAAUGUGAGGUUGAUCAUUGCAUAAACCAAAGUGAUCAUGCUCCUCCUAUAACUGAGAAGAUGGCUAAUGUUGUGAUUACAGAGGAUGAGAAAUGUAAAUUGGUUGUGAAUAAUCUUCCAUCUGACUGUAAAGUUGAAGAUUUAGCAAAGAUGUUUCCUGUUGCUACUGCUAUUAAAUUAUAUCCUGCAAAAAGAUAUGCAAUUGUGAAGAAUGCAAAACAAGCUGCACCACUGUCUGAUGAGAAUGCACAGAAAGCUAAAGUUGAUGAAAGUUGUAUGGAACAAAAAGUACCCAAGAAGAAAGUGAAGAAGUCAAAGCCAUGUAGUGAAGAGAAAGUAUGUUCUCGGAUAUUGUAUAUAGAAGGAUACUUUAAACAUUUCAGUUUAUUGCAGCUGUCAGAUUUCUUUGAUGGCAAAAUUCUUUUGAAGAAAGACAGAUAUAUAGUCGUGAAGUUUAAAGAUAUCAAGACGUCUAAGAAAUAUUUUACACAAUUAAUGAAAUUAACUAACAAUAAUGAAAUUGUGACAGUAAAAUAUCUCCCUAAAUGCAAAUGAAGGGCACAGUAAGAACCCUGUAAUAUUUGAUGCAAUAAUUGAUGACAUUGUAAAAAAAAUUUCAAUUGAGUAAAAGAUUUAUUCCAGAA